GCGCAGGGGGCGUGUGCUCUGUCACGUGACCUGGACUAUGUGGGGUUUAAUUCCUGUGUUGGACUGCUCCCAGCUGCUGAGCCUCUGCCCGCCGCACUGCAAGCCCUCCAGCCGGCCCAGCAGACCCGCCGACCCCCGGGCGGACUCCCCUCAGCGCGCCAUGUCGGACCAAGCAUUUGUGACGCUGGCCACCAAUGACAGCUAUGCCAAAGGAGCGAUGGUUCUCGGCCAGUCGUUACGCAACCACAACACAACCAGGAAGCUGGUCGCCCUGGUGGGACCGCACGUGACAGAACCUUGCAGAACUGCGUUGCACUCCAUAUAUGACGAGGUGUGUGUGGUGGACAUCAUGGACUCCGGCGAUGCGUCCCACCUGGCCUUGAUGAAGCGUCCCGAUCUGGGAGUAACGUUCACCAAGCUGCACUGCUGGACUCUCACACAGUACAGCAAGUGUGUGUUCAUGGACGCAGACACACUGGUGCUAUCUAACAUAGAUGAGCUGUUUGAGAGGGAGGAGCUGUCUGCAGCACCGGAUCCUGGUUGGCCGGACUGUUUCAACUCGGGGGUUUUUGUCUUCAGGCCGUCCAAUGAGACUCAUGAGAAGCUGCUGGCAUUCUGCAGUGAAAAUGGCAGCUUUGACGGUGGAGACCAAGGGGUUCUCAACAGCUUCUUUAACACCUGGGCAACAGCAGAUAUUUCCAAACAUCUGCCCUUCAUCUACAACCUCAGCAGUAUCGCCAUCUAUUCCUACCUACCAGCUUUCCGACAGUUCGGCCACGACGCCAAAGUGGUGCACUUCCUGGGCAAAACGAAGCCGUGGAACUACACGUAUGACGUCCAGAGUGGGCAGGUCAGAGGCCACUCGCUGUCCCCUGACCCGUCCCAGCUGCACCCUGACUACCUGGUCAUGUGGUGGCAGAUCUACGCCAAAUCAGUGCUGCCCUCGCUGCAGCAGGCCUACGGAGAUGCACCCUUCAGCACUGGCUUUACAGAGGAUAAGAUUCAUGAGGAUGUGAAGGGGGCGCAGCUGUCCGCUCCUCCCCCUCCGCCACAGAUUUCAUCCGAGGAGAGGAAGCAGCGCUGGGAGGCCGGUCAGGUCGACUACAUGGGUGACGACUCCUUCGUCCACAUUGAACGCAAACUCGACUCCUUCUUGAAGUAGGAGCCAGGCGAGGGAGGACAAUGGACAGAGAGAGCACCAGUCGGAGGCCACGGAUUGCUCUGAGGGUUGGGAUCAACCAAAACUCGACCAGAGGGGCCUGAUGUGUAGGAUGACUGAAUGAAUGACUCUGUGCACCUUGGGCCUCACUCUCUGCAUCCUGCCUGAGUGUGUACGUGUAUGCGAGUGUGUGUGUGUGUGUGAGCAUGUGAAAAUGGCAGUGGUCUUUAAAAAAAAAAAAAAAAAAAAAAUCACAUGCUCUCUUCUUGUUCAUUUCCCUCUGGCAUGUUCUCGUGCAUCUGAUGUAAAAUCAGAUAUAUUUGUGGUGAACUUUCACAGUCCCGGGUCUUCCGAAAUGUAAUGCAAGCUUGUGGAAAUGUUCAGCAACAACAGCAAGCCGGCCCUCUCUGACCCUCCAUCAGCUCAGA